AUGGCUGUCUCUGUCAACGGCAAAUCUGCCCUCAUAACUGGUGCAGGCUCUGGGAUCAACCUCAGCUUUGCCAAGUUACUACUGGAACAGGGAUGCAACGUCCUCAUCGCAGACCUAGCCCUACGCCCAGAGGCUCAGGUGCUGAUUGACAAGCAUUCAAGCGGCCCAUCAGCGCGAGCGGUAUUCCAGAAGACCGAUGUAAGAGACUGGAUGCAGCUAGAGCGGAUGUUUGAAGUUGCGGAGAAAGAAUUCGGGGAGCUGGACAUCGUGUGCCCCGGCGCCGGUGUCUACGAGCCGCACUGGAGCAACUUCUGGCGCCCACCCGGCUCUUCAGCAAGCAAAGACUCGCCCGCCGGCGGCCGGUACGCACUGAUAGACAUCAACCUCACUCACCCCAUCCGCACGACGCAGCUAGCAAUUGCGCACUUCCUCCGCCACCGGGACAGUGGCCGAUCCAAACACAUUGUCCACAUCUCUAGCAUUGCCGGACAGAAUCCAGCAUUCGCUGCCCCGAUCUACGUCGCCACCAAGCACGCGAUCAACGGCCUGGUGCGGUCCUUGUCCAAGCUCGACAAGCAGUUUGGAAUCCGCGUUACAGCGGUGGCACCUGGAGUCAUCAAGACACCGCUGUGGACCGAUCACCCGGAGAAACUGGUGAUGGUUGACGACAAAGCGGACGAGUGGGUGACUCCUGAGGAGGUGGCGGAGGUGAUGUUGGCGCUGGUGCAGCAGGACCAGGUUGGUGAGAUUAUUGGAGACCGGAGUGGUCGCGGGCCACAGUUUGCUGUAGAGGGAGGCGCGAUUCUCGAGGUGUCCAAGACGGUGCGGGAGGUAAAGCCGUUCAUGGACGAGGGACCAGGCGAUCGGCCGGGCAACACGGCGUCGGACCACCAGGCCGUGGUGGAGGAGAGUAUUCAGCUGUUGUCGCAGAAGGGAUGGGGGCAGUCGAAGCUGUAG